CCAAGUGGGACAUCUCCUAUUCUUCUCUCUCUCUUAUGCUUACGUGUAAGCAAUUCUUUCUUUACUUAUAUAAAUCAGCUCACAUUUCAUUCCCAUAAAUCAAACUCUUCACACUUUGGUUUGGGUGUCUCUUUGGGAGUUCCUUCCGAAAUUAAGGCUUCAAGAAUAUUGAAUGUGGUGAUUGAGAAAUGGGUUCUUCUUGGAAGGCUACUUUCAGUAUUGUACUGCUCUAUUUGUUUGUUUCGAAAUGCUGUGGUAGUGAAUAUGGUGGAAGCCAAAUGGGAACUCUAAGAGUAGAUGCUUCUGAAUCAUCUGGACAAUUAAUACCUCAAACAUUUUUUGGAAUAUUCUUUGAGGAGAUUAACCAUGCUGGUGCUGGUGGCAUUUGGUCUGAGCUUGUAAGCAACAGAGGUUUUGAGGCUGGGGGCCCUAAUAUACCAUCAAACAUUGCUCCCUGGGGUAUAAUUGGAAAAGAGUCAUCUGUGAUUGUAUCGACCGAUCGCUCUUCAUGCUUUGAACGUAACAAGAUUGCACUAAAAAUGGAAGUACUUUGUGACAGCAAAGGUGCAAAUUCCUGUCCAUCAGAAGGUGUUGGUAUAUAUAACCCUGGCUUCUGGGGCAUGAAUAUUGAACAAGGGAAGCAGUACAAGGUUGCUCUUUAUGUUCGUUCAUCAGGAUCAAUCAAUGUAUCCAUAGAGUUGAAAGCUUCAAAUUGGUUGCAAAAGCUGGCAGCUACUAACAUUAUAGCUUCUGCAUCUGAAGUUUCAGAUUGGAAAAAGAUUGAGGUUGUGUUAGAAGCCAAAGGAAGUGAUAGUAAUUCAAGCCUUCACUUAACAACUACCAGCAAAGGGGUCAUUUGGUUUGAUCAAGUAUCAGUCAUGCCCUUGGACACUUAUAAGGGACAUGGUUUCCGAACUGACCUUAUUGAAAUGAUGGCGGAUUUGAAACCUCGUUUCUUCAGAUUUCCAGGUGGCUGUUUUGUUGAAGGUGAAUGGUUAAGGAAUGCAUUUCGAUGGAAAGAAACCAUUGGACCAUGGGAGGAGAGACCUGGCCAUUUUGGCGAUGUUUGGAUGUACUGGACUGAUGACGGAAUGGGUUAUUUUGAGUUUCUUCAACUAGCUGAAGACCUUGGCACAUUGCCAAUAUGGGUUUUCAACAACGGAAUCAGUCACCAGGAUGAAGUUGACACAUCUAGUGUCUUACCAUUUGUGCAGGAAGCCCUUGAUGGUAUUGAGUUUGCUAGAGGUGAGGCCAAUUCUACAUGGGGUGCUGUUCGUUUCGCCAUGGGACACCCAGAACCCUUUGACUUAAGAUAUGUUGCUAUAGGGAAUGAGGAUUGUUGGAAAAAGAAUUAUAAAGGAAAUUACCGCAAAUUCUAUGACGCUAUUAAAAGUGUCUAUCCAGAUAUUAAAAUAAUUACAAACUGUGAUGGUUCUUCUCAAAAGUUGGAUCACCCAGCUGAUUUGUAUGAUUAUCAUGUUUAUACAAGCUCCAGUGACAUGUUCUCCAGAGGCCGUCAUUUUGAUUCUGCAUCACGGAGUGGACCUAAGGCUUUUGUAAGUGAAUAUGCAGUUACUGGAAAAGAUGCUGGCCAAGGAAGCUUUCUUGCAGCACUUGGUGAAGCUGGAUUCCUUAUUGGAUUAGAGAAGAACAGUGAUGCCAUUGAUAUGGUUAGCUAUGCACCUCUCUUUGUUAACACAAAUGACCGACGAUGGAACCCGGAUGCAAUCGUCUUCAACUCGUCCAAUGCAUAUGGAACUCCUAGCUAUUGGGUGCAAAGAUUUUUCACAGAAUCAAGUGGAGCAACUCUUCACAAAACAACCCUACAAAUGAAUUCCUAUAAUUCGAUUACCGAGUCUGCUAUAUCUUGGAAAUCUUCAGAGGAUGACAAAACUUAUCUCAGAAUAAAGAUUGUAAACUACGGAGCUGAGACAGUCAAUAUCAUAAUUUCCGUCGAUGGAUUGGAUCCAAACUCUGUAAAACUUUCGGGAUCAACAAAGACAGUUUUGACGUCGAAAAAUUUGAUGGACGAGAAUUCUUUCAAGGAGCCGAAUAAGAUUGUACCGACACAAAGUCUGCUGGAAACUGAUGGAGGUGAUAUGGAGGUGGUACUGCCGCCGCAUUCUAUAACAUCAUUUGAUUUGUUGAAAGAAACAAGCAGCAUCAAGAUUGCUGGAGCAGACUCCAUUGCAAGAUCUUCUAUGUAAAUAAAUUAAUCAAAUAUGGAAUGUAAUAAUCUCUAUUAAACUCAAAUAACUAAGACACAACUUAAAUUUCAUAUUUUAUAUGCUUAUAUAAUAGAAAAAUUUAUUACAUCUUUA